CAGCCAAUCGCCUCAUUGAUAUGUCUAGCUUGACAAAACUCGAAGAAUUAAAGUGUGCCAAUGGACUUGUUUGCUACUCCAUCAAGAGUUUCGUUUUCCCAACAUCGCUUAAGAGGUUGACUUUAACUCACUGCUUUUGGUUUCAUUGGGACGAUAUAUCAAUUCUUGUCAUGUUGCCAAAUCUGGAAGAGCUCAAACUUAAAGUUGCUGUAGUCACUGGUGAUCAAGUAUGGAGAUUGAGCGAUGAAGACAAGUUCCAAAGCUUGAAGUUGUUAUUUAAAGGCAUACAUCUUGAGCGUUGGGAAGCUAGCAGUGAUAGCUUCCCAAAUCUAAGACGCCUUGUUCUGAAGAAUUGCAACUACCUGAAAGAAAUUCCAACAAAUUUUGGGGAAUUUUGUACGUUGGAGUCAAUUGAGUUACACAAUUGCAGCAGUCUAGCUGAGGAUUCUGCAAGAAAUAUUGAACAAGAACAAGAAGACAUGGGAAAUAAUUCCCUCAAGGUCUACAUCCAUAACAGUCGCAGGAAAUAAAGCUUAUUUUGAGGGACCAUUUCCAAAUGCGGAACCUUGUAUUAGUUUAUAUGUAUUUUGAAACUUUUAUGUCCUUAUCUGUUGUUAAAUUUAUGUUUUAGGAAUAAUCCAUAUUUAAUGCAAGUCUCACCCAUUUGUGAAUUA